AUGAAAAUGGAAGGAGAAACAAGUUUGUUAAAGACAAAUUUAACAGAGUGGAGGUUUUGCCUUUAUCCGAAAUACAUUUUGUUGCCGAUUGACGAAAAUCAUGAUCAAGUCAAAAAUAAUGUGAAAAACGUUAUCUACUCUGAGGUUACGCCACGUCCGCUGGAACGUAACAUCCGCUUGGUAUGCGCUAGCGAAAAUGCUAUGAUCAACAUUUUAGACAUGGAUCCGAAUAUCGCAAACAAUCAAGAGUUUGUCGAAUUUAUAGCUGGCAGAAAAUUACCUUAUGGAGCGUUACCUGUCGCUCAUAGAUAUGGUGGUCAUCAAUACGGCUUAUGGGUAGGUCAAUUAGGAGAUGGAAGGGCACACAUCCUUGGCGAAUAUAUAAGUAGGUUAAACAAGCGCUGGCAGGUUCAACUCAAAGGUUCGGGCCAGACUCCAUAUUCUCGUUUAUAUGACGGUCGAGCGGUGCUACGUUCCUGUAUAAGAGAGAUGAUUGCGAGUGAGGCCAUGUACUACUUGGGUGUUCCGACUACUAGAGCUGCUGCUGUGGUUGUGAGCGAUGAAGCCGUGGUUCGAGAUAUGUUUUAUACGGGUUCUGCGCGUCGCGAGAGAGCCGCCAUUUUGUUGCGACUGUCUGAAAGUUGGUUCCGUUUCGGUUCCUUGGAAAUAUUGGCGAGGAAUGGAGAGUUAGGCGUGUUGAGGCAGAUUCUUGAUUUUGUCAUAAAGGAACACUUUCCAGAUAUACAACUUACAGAUGAUAACAGGUACAUACGAUUAUUUUCAGAGAUUGCUCAUAGAACUUUGGACCUCGUGGCUAAAUGGCAAGGGUUGGGUUUCACUCACGGUCUGUUGAAUACAGACAACAUGAGUCUCCUCGGUGUGACACUUGAUUAUGGACCGUUUGGUUUCAUCGACUCCUAUGACUCUGGUUUCGUUGCGAACUGUUUUGAUAGCGAAGGACGAUACGCUUUUGGUAAACAACCUGAUGUGAUGGUAUGGAACAUAGGGCAGUUAGCGAAUGCCCUGGAACCUCUGUUGACACCAGCACAACAAGUCCAUGUCUCGCAUAUACUAAAAACCUUGGACACAUACUGCAAAAAUAAGAUUCUAGAAACAUUCCUGGUGAAGAUUGGACUUAAGAAAGAGCGUUGGGGUGAUGAAGAGCUGGUGGAGAAGUUACUCGAUAUGAUGCAGCAGACGGGAGCUGACUUCACCGCUACGUUUAGACAACUAGCUGAACUGCAACCUCACGAAUUGAGUAGCGAGCUGAAAUUAAAUGAGAAGUGGUCGCUAAAACGUCUAUCUUCUCACUCUUUUUGGGGUUGUUGGCUGGACCAAUACCGCAACCGAUUAGAUAAAGAGGCUGUGGACACGAGUAAUGCUGCUGGUCUUUUUGAAGAGGAACGCCGAAAACGAAUGUUCGCCGUUAACCCUGUAUACGUGCCGAGGAACUGGCUGUUACAUAGCGCCAUCAUUGAUGCAGAGAAAGAUGACUUUGAAAAGGUUCGAUUCCUACUUCAAGUGAUAACUAAUCCGUACGAAGUUCAGCCGGAAGCAGAAAUCCGAGGAUAUUCUUCCCAGCCUCCAUUCUGGGCUUACGAGUUAAAGAUUAGCUGUUCCAGUUAAUAUUAGUCAUAACCUUCCAGAUCCUUAUUAUUACAUUAUUAUUAUCUUUUUCUUAAAUUCUUGUGUUAGUUAACUUUUAUCCUACUCCAGUUGUUGCCUUAUUUAAUGUACUUAUAUGAACGAGCGUUGGCAAUGUCGAUUUAAUAAAAUAUUUCAAUGUAG